AUGCACCCGAGCUUCCCUAACCAGGGUAGGAUUGAAAAUAGCAUUUCAAACUCUAUCGAUAUACCUAGAUCUCUAUUCAAAGUUCCAUUAGAAGUUGAAACCCCUUUCCUGGUGAACCGUCGUGGUGUUGGAAUGGCUGUUAGACCGGUCUAA